AGGCCCUAGAGACCCCUAGUAGAUUAUUAAUGAAUAUGACUAAGUUCCAAGCCCUCUACAAGAGCCCUUGUCACAUAAUGCAACCUCACGGAUCAGGAAUGACGCGGACCUUCGUCAAGGAUAUCACUAGCUCCCACUUCUCCCCAACGGGGCCACACUUAGCAUCAGUUUAUUCCGUCUUUAUUACACCGCAAAUUUAUAUUCGUCAAGGCUUCCUAUAAGAAAGGUAUAGCCAAUUCGCCAUGACUAACAACCACAGCUCUUCGGAUCCUUGCUAUUGUCGGCCGUGGCAUAAAAAUUGCGAUGCUUCAACAUGUUCACAGGCGAAGCUCGCGUCCCAAGCAUUGCCGCGAGCUUCUUUAAACAGUUACAGAAAGAGCGGGGAGAAUGGCUGUCAAACCUGUGCUAUCAUUACUAGCGCUCUUCGAAUACCAAGUAUCAGACAGAUCUGGCAGCAGUCUAUUGAAUUGGCACUUAAAAGUCAGCGCCAGGAUCUAGUCGCGAAGAUGAAAUCUGAUGAAGAAGAGUUGCGCAUAGAAUUGCUGCUUGACAGCACAGGGCGGCGGGUUUUACGGACCUGGGCGUCUGCUGUCUCGAUAGAUUGGAGACACUUCAACCUGUGGUGGGAAGGAAAUCCUAGUCAGAGAAAUAGUCCUUGUAGAGCGUUUCCUACACUUGAUUACCAUCCAGUAGAGCGCACAGAUUCAGAACGUAGCAUAGAAAAUCUGAAAAGUUGGAUCAGAGCUUGUGCCGAGAACCAUUCUUGCUUCCCGAAAGACGACCCAAUGCUCCCAGUACGUGUUGUGAAGGUCACGGAGGACCGGGUUCGCGUUGUGGACCAACACGGACUACGGGGCAGAUAUAUGACCCUGAGUCAUAGAUGGGGUAUUAACGAGACUUUCGCACUAACAAGUCUCAACUUCAACUUGAUGACGGAACCUAUUCCUUGGGACUCGAUCCCUAGGAUAUACAAAGAGUCCAUAGAGCUGACAAGGGCCCUGGGAAUUGAAUAUAUAUGGAUCGACAGUCUCUGUAUUGUCCAAGACGAUGUAGAGGACUGGAAAAGGGAAGCUGGGAAAAUGAAAUUAGUGUAUGGCAACUCUUAUCUGAACAUAGCUGCCACUCAAGCGGAAGACUCAUACGGGGGCCUAUUCACCUCCAGUAACCUGGGGGGACAAUACCCUGCCCAGACAGUCCCGCAAGAUCCGGAGAUACGGAUCCGACCACAACCCCACCUCACCCACGCACACUUUGGCAGCAACUAUAGUCACAGCGCCUCCAAUUCCCCUCUGAUGCAACGCGGUUGGGUAUUGCAGGAGCGCAUCCUGUCGCCGAGAGUGGUGCACUUUGACACGGAUGAGAUAAAAUGGGAAUGCCAAGCCAUGACCGACUGCCAGUGUGGCGGCAUGGUAGUCAUAGCCAAUUUCAAGCGAGAUUACCACGCAUGUUUUAAACCCAAUGGCAUCCCACUGCCAUACGAGUGGAUGCGUAUCGCAGAGAGAUAUUCUUCAUUGAAAUUCACCUACGACAGCGAUCGGCUAGUGGCGCUGUCGGGACUCGCUGAGCAAGGUGUUCAAUCUGGAAAAGGGGGUAAAUACAUGGCCGGGGUUUGGGAGCGGAACAUCGCGCACCAGUUAUGCUGGCAAAUUAUCAAUACGCAUAGGCGACCAGAUGUUUACCUCGCACCUAGCUGGUCGUGGCUUUCCGUUUUCGGAACGGUGAGGUACGACAAUCGCAUGGACUUCACAUCGAGAUGUUCGACUAUCGAUGUCAAAAUUGAGGAAGUGAGUUGUCUGAGUAAAGAAGGAAUUAUUGCCACCGCUACUACCAGCCCUAUUAUUGGAUCUAUACGACUCAAGGGAAGAGGAAUUACUACGAGUGUUGAACUCAAGAACCCCGGCACUGAAACUACGCCGCCGACUUACUGCUUGCGGAGAGAGGGGCUUGAGAUCUGGUGUCGUGCGGACUAUCUCAUGAGCCGAGAAGAAGCUAAUACCAUCACGGAGGCUUUCAUUCUGUAUUGGGGUCGUAUGUGGCCUGAUCAAAAUACCUUUCUCAUUCUCAAACCUAUUCCAGAUGAAAGACGCAAGUUUGAAAGGCUGGGGCUCGUGCGGAUCCCGCCAGAGAGAGCGAACCAGUUGGGAGAAAUAUUGAAACACUUCAAGAAGGAGGAUGAUGUUGUUAUUGUGUAAAAAUAUUCUCAGUAAUGCUAGUACG